AUGAGUCAAGGAAAGAAGUGGCAGCCCUUAAAGAAGGUGGGAGUCGUCGGUGUCCCAUUUGAAAAAGGACAAAAAAAGUAUGGAGUGAGUGUGGCACCGGCAGCAUUGCGUUCGGCAGGACUUUUAGAAGCGCUACGUGAGAUUGAUGAUCUUGACGUUAAGGACUAUGGUGACAUAGACACUUCGAGUCCAGAACUAGACCUUCAUGUUAAAAAUAUGGACCACUUGUCCAUGGUGUCUAACUGCAACAAACGUUUAUCGGAGCAAGUUACGCAAGUGCUCAAGGACGAUAGAAUCGCUGUUACCAUUGGUGGUGAUCACUCUAUCGGUGUUGGGACGGUGGACGGUCACCAAAAGGUGAACAAGGACAUGAUUCUUAUCUGGGUGGACGCCCAUGCUGAUAUCAACACUAAUAAAACUUCUGACUCAGGUUCUGUACACGGUAUGCCAGUAGCGCUUCUGGUCAAGGAAUUUUCUCAUUACUGGCCUUACUUACCCACAUUUGAAUGGCAAGAUCUGGUAUUCUCUAUCAAGAGCUUAGGUUACAUUGGACUUCGUUCCGUAGAUCAAUAUGAAAGGCUGGCUAUUCAGAAAUUCAAUGUACCAUGCUGUGCUAUGGAGGAUAUUGACGAGAACGGAAUUAAAAAUUCUAUUCAGUACAUAUUGAAGACGUUAGACCCAACCAACAGCCGACCAAUCCACGUGAGUUUCGAUAUUGAUUCUGUGGAUGCGUUGGAAGCACCUAGUACUGGAACUGCAGUUCGUGGUGGACUUACUUUACGAGAAGCUAUUAAAAUGAUGGAGAUUAUCCAUGCAACUGGUCGUCUCCGUGCUAUAGACCUGGUUGAAAUCAACCCCGCAAUCGGCAAUGAGAAUGAUAGGAAACGGACAAUUGACGCUGGCAUCAGUGUACUGAAGGCAGCGCUAGGUUUCUCAAGACGAGGCACCGCUCCUAGAGGAGUGCCUGAUCUGCCAGUACAGGAUAAUACCACGAAAAGAUAA